AACCCCCGCGUAAUGGCGCUUUAUCUCUAACAGAAGGACCCUGGGAUAAUGAAAAGCAAAAAUUGGCAAUUGCAAAGUUGACUUUACCUAAUGUAUCAAAUAUUAAUAAUGACCAAAAUACAGAUGGAGGAAAUGGUAUUAUUAAUAAUGAAACAUAUAUAUCCAAUCAUAGUAGUGAUUCAAACAUCUCUAAUAAUGAUGGAGAUAGUGGAUCAUACAAUGAUGAUAAUAAUUCACCCAGAGAAAAAAUGCUACUGUAA